AUGAUAGACAUUAAUGUGGGCGGAGCUACAGUGCAAAUGCUAAUCGACUCUGGCGCUACCUGCAACAUCGUAAACUCCGAUAUAUGGAGCGUCAUCCGCGCUAACAACGAGAAUAUGUCCCUAUCGAGAAAUACCAAAAGAUUGUUUUCUUACGGAUCAAAGGAACCACUACAAAUACUAGGAACUUUUCAGACAGUUGCAAAGUAUGGGUUACGUGAAACAUCUGCAGAAUUUGUUGUCGUUAAAGGUGAUUAUAUUUCCUUACUAGGGAAGGAUACAGCAGUCGAGCUAGGAGUUCUACGUAUUGGAGUCGAGGGGUCAGACUUUUGUUCUGUUAUAAGCGAAAUAGAUAAGAUCGUUGCCUCAAGGAAUACUGUUUUCGAUGGAGUAGGGAAGCUUAAAAAUUUUCAGCUUAGAAUUCAUGUUGACAAAACCGUGACUCCAGUAGCACAACCGCUACGACGCUUACCAUUUAAUGUAAGAAAAAGCGUGAACAAGAAGCUUGAGGAGCUGGAGAAGAUGGACAUAAUUGAGAAGGUAAACAACCCCACGGCUUGGGUAUCACCACUUGUCGUUGUGCCAAAGAAAAACGGGGAAAUUCGAAUUUGUGUCGAUAUGAGACGGGCCAAUACUGCAGUUCAACGUGAACGAUACCCGAUCCCGACGGUGGACGAAAUGCUGGAAGACAUGAAUGGCAGCAAGGUGUUCUCCAAGCUUGAUUUACGUUGGGGAUACCACCAGAUAGAGCUGGACGAGGAAUCAAGGGAGAUAACUACGUUUGUGACACACGAGGGCCUCUAUCGCUAUAAGCGCCUCAUGUUUGGAAUUUCCUCAGCAUCCGAAAUCUACCAAAGGGUGAUAGGGCAAGUCAUUCAAGGAGUCCGAAAUUUGUCUGAUGACAUAAUUGUUUACGGAACAGACGAGGUGGACCAUAACAGGAAGCUUACAAAAGUGCUUGACAGAUUGGCAGAGAAGGGACUGACUCUAAAUAGAGAAAAGUGCAAAUUCGGUCUGUCGAAAAUUGUAUUCCUCGGACACGUGAUUUCGUCAGAAGGAAUCCGGCCUGACCAAGAAAAGGUCCAAGCAGUAUCAGAGACCAGGACGCCGACGAAUAGUUCUGAAAUAAGGAGUUUUCUUGGACUAGCUAAUUACUGCGGCCGUUUCAUACCGAAUUUUUCGACGAUUGCAGCCCCACUACGCGAGCUAACAAGGAAGAGCACGCACUGGAGGUGGACGCAAAAACACCAGGAUGCGUUUGACAUGCUUAAAAAAGCCCUUGUAAGUGCUGAAGCACUAGCAUACUACAACCCAAAAGCCGAGACGAGGAUAAUAGUGGAUGCAAGUCCCGUAGGACUGGGAGCCAUACUAGCACAGAAACAACCAGACGGAUUCUUUAAACCAAUUGCAUAUUCAAGUCGAUCUCUAACCGAUGUAGAGCAGAGAUACUCACAGACUGAGCGCGAAGCGCUGGGUGUAGUGUUCGGUUGUGAAAAGUUCCACAUGUACAUAUACGGACUAGAGUUCGAAAUCUGGACUGAUCAUAAGCCACUGACCUACAUUUACUCUCCAAAGUCAAAACCACCAGCCAGGAUCGAGCGAUGGAUUUUGCGACUACAGCCUUAUAAGUAUAAGAUCGUCUACAUACCUGGACCAAAGAAUGCUGCUGAUGCUCUAUCGAGAUUGAGCCGAAAUCGGGUUGGCCGAAUACGCCACAUUGCAGAGGAGUACGCGUAUUUCAUCGCAGAAAAUGCUGUACCAAAAGCACUGACCAUCCAAGAAGUUCGUCAGAAAACAUCGGAGGACCCAGAACUCGCGGAGAUUAUGAGGAAGAUCAAGACGGGGGACGGUCGUCUGAGUCCAAAAUUUCGUACCGUGGAGGCGGAGCUUUCAGUCGUUGACGGAAUAGUAUUACGUGGAUCGCGCAUCAUAUUACCCAAGUGCCUCAGGAGGCAAACAAUUUCCCUGGCCCACGAAGGACACCAGGGUAUUGUCCGGACGAAACAGAGACUAAGAGAGAAGGUAUGGUGGCCAGGUAUCGAUAUAGAAGCCGAGCGAUUUGUCAGAGCGUGUCAUCAAUGCCAACUUUUAACAAACAGCAAUAGACCCGAACCAGUUCGAACAACUGUUUUACCUGACGGGCCAUGGCAGGAUCUGGCUAUAGACCUUAUGGGACCGUUUCCCUCUGGGGAAUACCUAUUAGUCGUUAUAGACUAUUUCUCCCGAUUCCAGGAAGUAGCCAUAAUGAAGAAGAUAACUAGUGAGAGGAUCAUUUUCCAACUUGAAAGUAUGUUCGCAAGGCACGGCUUACCUUACAGCAUGCGGAGUGAUAAUGGACCACAGUUUGUGUCGGAGGAGUUUAAGGGAUACCUGGAUUUAAAUGGUAUCAAACACAUUCGGACCACUCCAUACUGGCCGCAAGGGAAUGGGGAAGUAGAAAGGCAAAACCGAACAUUACUAAAAGCUAUAAAGGCGGCAAACGCGGAACGUAAAGAUUGGAGACGAGAAUUACCAAAGUUCUUACUUGCGUAUCGCACGACCCCGCAUUCUACAACUGGAAAAAGCCCUGCAGAGUUGUUGUAUAACCGGAAAAUCCAUACCAAGUUACCAGAGAUGAGUAAAAGGAUCGAUCACCAAGAGUUACGAGAAACAGAUGCGAGACAGAAAUUAAAAUUCAAAAGAAGGACGGACGAGAGGCGUGGCGCCGUAGAGUCCAAAGUUGAAAUUGGCGACACAGUUGUACAACGUCAGCCUAAGCGCGAUAAGCUGUCAACCGAGUUCGCGCCUGAAAAGUUUGUCGUGAGGGAGAAAUGCAGGAAUGCAGUGACACUCGAAGAUGAAAAUGGAUCAUCAGUAAAGCGAAACUGCACAGCUGUAAAGAAAUUCAUAUCGAACCGCGAAAAUGAAACAGAAUCGCGUGACCCGGAAAUUAGCGCAGAAGAAUCCGGAGAUGAAUCUGAUAAAGACCGUUCUGUCACAGAUACCGGAAGACCAUCCCGGGAACACAAGCCACCUGCGUAUCUAAGAGACUAUGUGACCACUUGA